AUGGAAGGCCGUGGCAGGCCAAGCUACUUCAACAUCGGUGAUGUGCCAGGUUCUGGAAGUGACAAGGAUAAGGAGAAGGAGAAAGCAGAGCGCUUGAAGAACGUCAAGUGUUACAACUGUGACCAGUUCGGGCACUACUCGAAUAAGUGUCCCAAGCCCAAGAGGGAAAGAGCAUCAGCAGCUGCUUUGCUUGAGCCGCAGGUCGCGGCUGCCUCUUUGGAGCCUCAGAUUUUCGCAGCUGCGGUUGAUCUGAGUUGUCCGGUUGUUGAGCUUGAUGAGGAUGAUUGCUCGGAUUUUUCCCAGGAGGAUUGGGAGGAGUUUGUUGCAUCUUAUGAGUGUGCUUGGUCGGAGCCAGUUGUGCUUGAAGGCGGUGAGCCUGUUGCGCUUGAGGGUUCCAUGUUGCAUGUUGCGCUUGAGAAUUUUCCUUGUGACAACCCAAACAGAGCCACAGUUGAGCUUGCAGAGUCCCGAGGUGUCCCAAACAGAACCACAGUCGAGCUUGCAGAGUCCCACCAGGUCCCAGACAGAACCACAGUCGAGCUUGCAGAGUCCCCAGAGUUGAGCUUGGAAGCAGGUCGUUUUGUUGCAGAUUUUCAAAAUGUCGUUGAGCAUGGCAUGUUGCAUGUGGUAGGUAGAUCUGACCAUGGCAUGGUAGCACACGAGACAGCAGCAGCCAGCCAGCAGCAUGACACCAUGGAUUGGUGGCUCGUUGACUCCGGCGCGUCGGCCCACAUCAUCAACGAGGACACUUUGAGCCGGGUGCACGUUGUGAGCCACAGUGAGUCUGCCAGUGAGUGUGUUUCUGCAACGGGCGACAGCAUUGGAGUUCGGAGGUCUGCGGUUGUCAGGGAGUCCUCCUCCGACUCGGAGCAGGAGUGGCGCCUUUCGGGUCGCCGCCACCUGGCGGAGCAGCACGCGGCGACUGUUACGAGGACUCACGAGGAUUUCGAGGGAUCCACGAUCGCCUUUACGGCAACUUCGAUGGUGGGUCUUACGCCGGGCCAGAACCUGCUUUUGGUGCCAGCCGCGGAAGUGAAGAAGAAGACGGCAGAGCAGGCAAAGGCAGCUGCGAAAGCAGCGGCGGAGAAGUUCGUGAAGGAGCGCCAGGAGAGCGCCCAGUGGGCCAAGGAAGCAGAGGAAGCAAAGAAGAAGAGAGCCGCCAAGGCCGAGGCAAAGAAGAAAGCAGCCACAGAGGCCGAGGAGGCAGAGAAGAAAGCAGCCACAGAGGCCGCAGAGACAGAGAAGAAAGCAGCCACAGAGGCCACGGAGGCAGAGAAGAAGGCAGCCACAGAGGCCGUGGAGGCGGAGAAGAAGGCAGCCACAGAGGCCAAGAAGAGGGUCGCCGAAGCGAUCGGGGUCCCAGAGGUCAAGAAGCCCAAGGGCAGUGUGGCCAGAGCAAAGGCGGAGCCGUCUUCGGGGUCAAAGGACCCACCGCAGCCACUGGUGAAGAGGCAGCCCAAGCCGCCCGUGGUGAAGGCAAUGCCAGCCAAGGUCCGGAAGAUCGUCUUGAAGAGCCGGGCCCAGCGCGGGAUUCCCGGGCAGACGGAGACUGCGCUGAGGAUGCUUUCGCAGCGAGCCAAGGAAAAGAAGAAGCAGGGCUACCUCAUGAAGGCCAUCAACAACGCCAUGAAGAAGAAGGCCGAGGAGCACAAGGGGCCUCCGGUGCGGAGGACAUUGGAAAGACAUGUCAAGGACCACUUCGCGCAAAUCAAAGGCCUGGAAGUUCCUUUCGUGGAGGUCACGGUUUCAGAAGUCAUCAAGGAACCCACAGGACCACCACCAGGAUCGCCAAUGGUACCGCAACCGAGAACGCCACCAGCACGAGCCAAGGUGGAGGCCGCGCGUGCAGUGAAGGUGCCACAGCUGAAGGUGGAAGGAGGCUUGGAGAUCAAUCCUCCACCACCGGUACCGCCGCGGAGGAGGCUUCCCACGCCACCGAGAGACCCGAGGUCAGCCGGACGAGGGGCCUCUGCGCCCUCAGAGUGGUCUCCUGUGUCCAGUCUGCCGCCAUGGUCACCAGUGUCCAGUGUGCCGGUGGAUGCAAGGGCCAGGGAAACCCCAGCCGAGACGAGAGCCGAGGAGCCCCCAGCAGAGAGGAGAGCCGAGGAGCUGCACAUCGGGGACGACGGCAAGAUCUACAACUCGCGGGGCGAGGUGGUGGAGCUCGAGAGCAUCGAGAUAGACGCCCGCCAUCCAGGAAUUUCCGAUGGUCUUUCUUCCUUGGGACUCUCGCUUCUGAUGCAAGAAAAGGUUGCGUUUGCAUGUGAGCAUGAUGUUGCCGUUGAGCUUGGUGAGCAUGCGUGUGUUGGUGGUUUGGGUGAGCAUGAUUUGCAGCAUGAUGAGUUGCUUGAGCAUGUUGGCCAGGACCGACCACAGCGUGACCGGAGCGAGGCCCAUGAUAGCCAGAGUGAAGCAUGGUUGCUUAGAGGGGAUCGGGAACUGUUGUUGCAGGAGAGUUGGGGUAAGCUAGAGCGAGAACAUGUUCUUAGAUCGCAUGUGCCGUACAAUGCGUCUUGCCCGCAGUGCGUGCAAGGUCGUGGGCUUGAACCCGCCAGAAGCCAGGAUCGGCCCCAGGACUCAGGGAUGAGAGAGGUGCAGAUAGAUAAGUUUUUCUACAAGGGCCUCGCCUUCCUGGUGUUGGUUUUGGUUGGUGCUUUUGCCCUCGGUGUGGUUCCGUACCGUGAGGUGAGCGGAUCCCGAGGCCCAGCAGCCAAGGAAGCCAUGUUGAGUGACAUGUCGGCAUGGAGUCGUAGCGUUGGCUUGGUUGGUGUUGCUCCCAGUGAGUUGACGGUGAGCGUGAAGUCGGACAUUGAGGGUGUUGUGAAGAACCUUGCGCAAAGUUUUGCUGAUGGUUUGACCGCUGGUGCCAUCGAGGUUGUGGAUGCCCCUGUUGGUCGGCAUGCUGUUGUUGCAGAGCGUGCUGUGAGGACCAUCAAAGAAGGAGCAAACACACUUUGUGCUGGGUUGGAACAGGUCGGCUUGGAGCCCUGCGGGAAGGGUGUUACGUAUCUUUUGAUGCACGUUGCCCAGGUCUACAACCGGUACCAGGUGCAUCCUGGAUCAGCGCUGUCCCCAGAACAGCGGUGCUUGAAGACCACCCGUGGACCGCAUGCCGCCUAUGUUUGGGGUGCUGCUGUGCUUGCCACUCCUCCUCCCUCUUUGCGUGAUAAAAUCACCGGCCGUUACGGCCACGCCGCCUACCUUGGACCAGAAGUCGGAAGUGGAAGCCACAUUGUGCAGUUUAGGCUGCGGGAUGGCACUUUGAAGAUUGCGAGAAGCGCAAGAAUCCGGAUGUUGGUUCCUCUCACUUUUGAGGUGUCGAGCUUGAAAGGUGUUUGUCGCAUGUUGCCCGGAAGAAAGGAUGAUUCCCAGAAGAAGCUCCCCGAGAGCAGUGGUGACAAUGUGCGCGACCUCCCGUUGCCGAACACCGCAACCCGAGGACCACCACCAGAGUGGAUUGAAGAAAACGGGAGAACCCCAAGGUGCCGAGCUUGCCGGCUGCGCGGUUUUCCAGCAGAUAAGGCCUGGCACACCCAGAAGUGCCGUGAUCGAUACGCUGAGUUUGUGAGAAACUCUUUCGAUCCCAGCCGGGCAAUCCUCGAUCAGGCCCCAAUUGAAGAAGAAGUGACCGGGCGUGAUGAUUUGGGUGCUGGAUUUGGUGUUGAUCUUGGGCUUGAGGUGCCGGAUGAUCUUGAUCCGUUCCCGAAUUUUCCAUUGGACGAGGAUUUGGCUGAGUAUGAGCCCAGUCUGCCUGGAGUUGAGAAUGAAGUAGAGCUUGGAGAAGAACUCGAGCAGAUCGAGGCCCCGAGCCCAGGCGAGCUUGAUUUUAUGCAAGUUGAUCCUGAACCUCUUGAGGCACUCCCUGAAGAAGAGCGGGAGGCCAUGGUGUCCAGUGUAAUGUAUCGAGAGUCCAUCUCCUUUGCUGGUGCGUCGGUUUGUUUUGCGGGAGCCGCCACCAAGGUUGUUACUCCUCAGGUUGUCGAGCUUGGGGGGGAGAAGCAAAAGCAGAUUUUUAUCUUUGGCGUGCGCGGUGAAGCCAAUGUUGCAGAUUUGUUCACCAAACCUCUUAGUUGGACUGUUACCUUGAAGCACAUGUGGGGACUUGGCUUGCGUGACGUUGCCGUUAUUGCGUGUGUGCUUGAUGGCUUUGUUGCGUUGUGCGGUGCAAUGCUUGUUGGUAAGAACCAUGUUAGCUUGCGUGACCGUUUUGUCGCCAUGCCGCAUGCCUCCUGGUUGGUGAUCGAGUUCUGUGCCCCCGUUGAAUCAUCUAUGAGAGCGGCUAGCCAGGACUUAAACUGGGUGAAUGUGCUUACUGUGAGUGAGCGUGAUGAUGGUGCCAGUGCACAGACCUUGCUUGAGCUCAAAGCCAUCUUUGCUGAGCAGAUCAAGAAAAAGGGUUUUGUCUUCUUGUGGGCUAGUACCCCGUGCACAGGAGGCUGCCCGUAUCAGAGGCUGCGUGCCCGUGAUCCAGCUUAUCGCCGAGGGCGGUUGGCUCAGCACUGGAGGCUUCACCGAAAGCUCUGGAGAAGCUUGGUCGAGCUUACUAGCUUUGUGCAUGCUUGGGCCAUUGAGUGGCCGCGUGCUUGUGCUUACUGGUCUUGGCGCCAGACUGAGCAUUUUCUUUCUUCACGCCCCUACGUUUUGCACGACGUUCCAGUUGAUGGUUGUGCGCUUGAUAUGCGGGGCCGCGAUCAUCUGCUGAUCGCCAAGCGAUGGCGUGUUGUUACCACACACCCAGCAGUCGCUGAGAGCAUUCGUGUCUAUCGUUGCUCUGGGAAGCAUGAGCACUCGAAGGACUUCGACCUCAAGAGUACACAGCACUACCCGGUAGAGCUUGUAAAGUCCUUCUUCGAAGCGUUGACGUUUAAGAUGUCUCUGGUCCCUUUCGCUGCCGAGCGUGCCAUGGUGUUUGGCCUGGUUGUGGAAGUGCAAGAGAAGCUUCUCGAAGUUCCGAGUGUAGGGCUUCUCGCUGUUGUGCUUGUCCCACUGCUUGUGGGUGUUGCGCUUGGAGUGUGCUUGCAGAAACUGCGUACCGAGAGCUCCCGCGUCAAGACUGUGCAGGACCUUCUUUCGUUUCUGCCAAGGUCGGGCCAGAAGAUGGCUGUCUUUACUUCUGCUUACGGAGACUGUUUCCACGUGCGUAGGGACUGCCACGGCCUCAGGAACGCGAUUCCGAAUCGCAUCGCUACUAAAGGCAAGAGUUCCAGUGCCAGUGAGGGUCGUGUUGGUUGGAGCAUCGCGAAGUCCAUCAAGAAGCCCAGGGUUCAGGUCCACCACCAGCCCACGGAGCGAGUCUCCGCUCUAUCUUCUUCUUGGCCGACACCUUCAAGGAAAGCCGCGGAAACUGGGGCUCGCAGCUCUCCUCGUGUCCCUUGGCCUGAAGAUCCGAGAAGUCAGAAAGUCUUGCUCUUUCUUGCCGCCACAGCUCAUAGACUUCAUUUGGCAUGUUCCGAUACACCUCACUCCUAA